AUGGCGGACGGAGAGGCGAUGGCGGUGGAUGGGGCCGCAGCCCCGGCGCCGCAGAACGAGGGCCACACUGUAUACGUCAACAAUCUGCCGGAAAAGGUGUCUCAAGAUGACCUGAAGAAGGCGAUGCACUGCAUCUUCGGCCAGUUUGGCAAGAUCCUGGAUGUGGUGUCGCGGCGCACCUACCGCCUGCGCGGCCAGGCCUGGGUGGUGUUUGAGAAGGCAGAGGACGCCAAGAAUGCGCUGGACUGCAUGCAGGGCUUCCCCUUCUUGGACAAGCCACUGCGGAUAGCGUUGGCCAAGACCAAGUCGGAUGCGAUAUCCAAGCAGGACGGCACCUUCCGGGAGCGGCCCAAGGUGGAGCGGCAGGUCAAGAGCAAGGCGGCCGCAGAGGCGCUCCAGCAGCGCGCCAAGGCCAAGCCCGAUGCGGCGGCGGCGGCGGCGGCGGCGGCGGCGGCGGCGGGGCAGCCGCGCGGGCCCAACCACAUCCUGUUUGUGGAGAACCUGCCAGGCACUGCCAACGAGGCCAUGGUUGGCAUGCUUUUCCAGCAGUUCACGGGGUUCAAGGAGGUGCGCAUGGUGCCCGCGAAGCCGGGCAUCGCGUUUGUGGAGUACUCGGACGAGGGGCAGGCGGGGGUGGCCAUGCAGGGGCUGCAGGGCUUCAAGCUGGCGACAGACAAGCCCAUGGCCAUCUCCUUUGCCAACAGGCAGUGA